AUGACCAGCUUACUCUGUCUGCUUGUCUUUGCGACGACUCAACUGAUAUUAGUCUCGGCACAGGAAUGCAGGAAUAACUUGAGUCCGGGCUAUAAAACGCCCGUUGCUGCUAGCGGCUGGACGUUCCGUCUCGUUGCUAAUGGCUUGAACCAUCCACGAAGCAUUCUCUUUGACCAGCAAGGAGCUCUGCUCCUCGUCGACGCUGGGUCCGGAAUCAAGCACCUGAAGCUAAUUGACGAUGGCGGCACCUGCUUGUCUGUUGCCGAGGAGCGAAUAAUCAUAGGGUCGCCCGAGCUGAACCACGGAAUAGCACUAUCGGCCAAUGGCAAGAUCCUUUAUGUCUCAACGGCGGAUAAGGUCUACGCCUGGUCCUAUGAUGCUACAGCAGGCACUGUUGGUGACUUCAACACAACCAUCAUCGCCAACAUGAGCAAUAGUGACCACACGACGCGCACACUAACACUGUCCAACAAGAUGCCUAACAUACUAUUAGUGUCAAGGGGCAGCGCGGCCAAUAUCGACGAAGACGCUGCCAGACAAUCCAAUGGUUAUUCUCAGCUCCGCGCAUUCGACAUCGGGAGCCUCGAGGAGAACUCGCAGCCAUUCAACUUUGCGACCCAAGGCACUAGGCUGGGAUGGGGGCUGCGAAAUUCUGUUGGAGUAGCAGAGGAACCCAUCACUGGUGGCAUUUGGACCGUCGAGAAUUCGGCUGACCAGUUAAGGCGGAAUGGCAUCGAUAUACAUCAAGACAACCCUGCAGAAGAGCUCAACUUCCACAGCUAUCUCAACGAUUCCACCAAGAACCAGGGGGGGUAA